AUGGCAACCACUGUCGCUGGACCCAGACUCGGUUCCUUGAAAGUCGCCGGUAAGCUCCAUGGUUACCGUGAGACCUCUCAGGUCCGGCAAUGGGCUCCGCUUCACUCUGCGAUGCCUCAUCUCGGAAUGCUGCGAUGUGGUUCGCGACAGCCAUUUGCAUCAUCUGUUGUGAAAGCUCAAGCGACCACUGCUGAGCAAUCAACACUCGAAGCUGCUCCAAAAGUGGAAUCUCCAGUGGUCGUUGUGACUGGUGCCUCUAGAGGGAUUGGUAAAGCAAUUGCUCUAUCCUUGGGGAAAGCAGGCUGUAAGGUCUUGGUGAAUUAUGCUAGGUCAUCAAAGGAGGCUGAAGAAGUUUCUCAACAGAUUGAAGCAUNUGGUGGACAGGCUAUUACUUUUGGGGGUGAUGUCUCGAAAGAGGCUGAUGUGGAAGCAAUGAUGAAAACCGCUGUUGAUAAAUGGGGAACCAUUGAUGUCGUGGUUAACAAUGCAGGAAUUACUCGAGAUACCUUGUUGAUACGAAUGAAGCAAUCCCAGUGGCAGGAAGUGAUUGAUUUGAAUCUCACUGGAGUAUUUCUCUGUACCCAGGCAGCUAUAAAGAUCAUGAUGAAAAAGAGAAAGGGAAGAAUCAUCAAUAUAUCGUCAGUUGUUGGUCUCAUUGGUAAUAUUGGCCAAGCAAACUACGCUGCUGCUAAAGGUGGAGUUAUUGCUUUUUCCAAGACUGCUGCUAAAGAGGGUGCAAGCAGGAACAUAAAUGUCAAUGUGGUUUGCCCUGGAUUUAUUGCAUCUGACAUGACUGCCAAGCUUGGCGAAGACAUGGAAAAGAAAAUCUUGGGAACAAUCCCAUUAGGACGGUAUGGACAACCGGAAGAUGUGGCUGGCUUGGUAGAAUUCUUGGCNCUCAAUCCUGCAGCCAGUUACAUCACCGGACAGGCAUUCACCAUCGAUGGAGGUAUUGCAAUCUAG